AUGAUAAAACGAAUCUAUCAACAUAAAAUCCUUACGAUCAAACGUAUCUAUCAAAAUAAAAGCCUUACGAUUAAACGCAUCACAUUACUUUUCCUCUCCUUUUCCUCUUUUGACUUCAUUCUUUCUUCCUCGCUCUUUUUCCUUCUUUUUUCUUUGUUUUCUGUUUCAUUUCUCUUGUUAGUUUUUGUUUUUCUCUUUCCUCUUCGCUUGUCCGUUUUCUUUCUUUCUCCUUGCUUUUACUUUUGUAUUUUCCUUGCUUUAUUUCUUCUGCUUUUCUCGAUGUUUAUCCUUCUUUUUUUUUUCCUUUCACCAAUUUUUAUACUUUUUUUUCCCUGUUCUUCCUUGUUUGUGUUGCUUUUUCUUUGUUUUACUUUUCUCUUCCUUUUUUUUUUGUUAUUUUUCUUGCAUUUUUUCUUUUUUUUUUCUUUACUUGAUUUACUUUUUAUCUUUUAUCCUAGUUUUUUUUUUCUUCUUUUUUCUUGUUCCUACAUUCUUCGGGAUUUUCUUCCUUUCUCAUUGAUUUUCUUUUUCCCCCUAUUUCCUUCUUUUUUUUUCUUUAAAUUUCUUUUCUCUACCUUUUUUCUUUUUUCUUCCUUUCUCCAAUAUUUUCUUCUUUCUUCCUUUUCCUUUUCUUCCUUUUUUUAUUUCUUCUUCCUUCCUUCUUUGUUCUUGCUUCCACUUUCUCCUUCAAUUUCUUCCUUUCUCUUUUAUUCCAUUUUUCUUCCUUUCGCUAUCAUUUUCUUUUGUUUUUCAUAUUUUUUUACUUUUUCUUUAGAUUCUGUUUCUCCUCUUGGUUCAUCUUUUCUCCUUUUUUUCUUCAUUUUUUUUCUUCUUUAUAGUUGUAUUCCUUCUUCAUUUCUACUUUUUCCUUCUCCCUUUCUCUUUCUUUUUUCCUAUUUUCUUUCUCCUAAUUUUCAUCCUCUUCCUUUCGCCUUCUUUUCCUUUUUCUUCUUUUCGUCUUUCUUUUUCUUCUUUUCCUUUACAGCAUCUUCCAUAUUAAUAUCUUUUCAUCUUUCGGUUCGAAUCGCUUUAAAAUACUUUGAAUCUGUGGAUUCUUGGGAGCUCCUUACUCAACAUGAUGAAACUGCUGAAUCCUACUGGUAUUGGCUCUUAGCUGAUCGAUAUUAUUGGGUGCCUCUUGAUCCACACAAUAUCGCUGAAUCCCUGUUUGCCAUUGCGAACGUAAUCAGUUUCACGCGUGUUUCUUAUGUGCUGCCUGCCAAUGAACUGUUUGGACCGAUGCAAAUCUCACUUGCCAGAAUGAUUGGGGAUAUCUUGAAAUUUGCUGUGAUAAUAUGCGUAGUCAUUCUUGCCUUCAUGGUGGGCCUCUACAAUCUAUACUGGUACUACAGCAUCCGUUCCAAGGUGGAAAUCCAGGCGGGAGGGCAUGGAAUCCAUACAUCUGCUGAAAGAUACUUCAAAGAUUUAGACAACACGUUUCGGACGGUGUUCUGGUCACUGUUCGGCCGAGGCGAGCCAACUGUCGUUGAACUGCAAGGCUUCAACCAUUAUUUUACACAAAACGUUGGUUACUGGAUUUUCGGUGCCUACAACAUCAGCACAGUCAUAGUUUUGCUCAAUAUGCUUAUUGCAAUGAUGACGAGAUCCUUUGAAUGCAUUCAGACCGAGGCUGACACGGAGUGGAAGUUUGCCCGUAGUAAACUGUACAUGGAGUACAUCCGGGAAGACUGCACGCUGCCAGUGCCAUUCAAUAUUGUUCCAAGUUUCAAGUCCAUUUAUUACGUGUUCAGAUUUUUCUACCGAUUGUGCGUGAAAGUAGACGAGCCAACCAUCAGACAUCCAGGUCGAAUCAAAGACGUGGAACUGUACGCCAUGCCCAGCGGGCGACGGCAAGGCAUCACUCCGCUAGACGCUACUGCAUGGGAUUCCGGCCGACCACACCUGAAGGGAAUCAAGCAUUUUCAAGAACGGAUGUCUACGACAAACGGCUUUGUUCGCAAUGAUUCGGAUCCUUCAAUUUGUAUACAAAAACUUACUUAUCAACUUUAUGUUUACUUUUUUUUUCCAUUUAUCGACCUUCUCCUACCUUUUACUAAUUUACUGUCAAUUUCUCCUCUAUUUUCUCGCAUUUUAUUUUAUUUUUUCAUUUUCCUUUUCUAUUCUCUCCCUCCCUCCAUCUAUCUAUCUAUCUAUCUAUCUAUCUAUCUAUCUACCUACCUACCUACCUACCUAUCUAUCUAUCUAUCUAUCUAUCUAUCUACCUACCUACCUACCUACCUAUCUAUCUAUCUGUCAGUUUACUCCUCCAUAUCUAUCUAUCUAUCUAUCUAUCUAUCUAUCUAUCUAUCUAUCUAUUUUAGUCUUUUCAUUCAUAUCUAUCUAUCUAUCUAUCUAUCUAUCUAUCUAUCUAUCUAUCUAUCUAUAUAUAUAUAUAUAUAG